AUGGGGAUCAACGCCUCGGUUAACUCAUUGGCUUUACACAGCAGUUGCAAGGCCAAUUAUGACAUACGGUACGUUCCCGAUAUUGUCUGCCAGGAGUACGCCGUACCACAUAUGCAAGACCUACUGCCAACGAGCACACAAAAAUCCAACUCCUUAUAUGGCGCCAGCAUGGGCGCUGGUGGUGGCAGUAGCAGCAACUACAGCACAAGCGCACGCAACACACUCAACAGCAUGUUUCAAUCGAAAUUGUCGACCGCCAGUCAAAAACUACAACAAUUACAACAUCAACAUUCAUAUCAGUCACAACUAACGCCACCACCACCACCGCCGCCGGCACCCACCUCGGCAACUGCAACUACACACUGCCCACCACCAAUACCACCCCUACCGCCAUUAUUGGGCAACGCCAGUAGUAAUGAGAAAUACUAUGCAACCACAGCGAUUUGCAAAGCAAAUGCCGCCACAAAUGCCACGCAUGGCAUGGGCGGCGGUGCAGUCGGUGGUGUGGGCACAAAUGCUGGUGCUUGCAAUACAUUACCCAAUGGCAGCAUUGGUGGCGGUAGCGGCAGUCUCGCCUCUACAACGGCCAGUCUGGCAUCGAGCUCAACAACGCCAACGGGUGGCGGUUAUGGUUAUGCGAGCUCAGCCGGUACUUUAGCUGCUGUUAAACCGCAUCAUUACAAUCUGGACAUGAGUGGAAAUGGCCUGGCUGGUCUCGCCAGUGUCGAUGUUAACGAAGAGCUGGCUAAUUUUCAAGUUCAAGAGUUUCCGCGACAAUCAUUGGUGAUAGUGGAGAAAUUGGGUUGUGGCGUUUUUGGUGAGCUACACUUGUGCGAGACGAAGAGUAUGAGCGCCAAUUUGGUAGCAGUCGCCACACUCCGACCCGGCGCGCCCGAUCAUAUGCGUAAAGAGUUUCGCAACAAGGCGAAACAGCUCGCCCGCCUCAACGAUCCGAAUGUGGCGCAUUUACUUGGCGCCUGUCUGCGUGAUGAGCCCAUUUGCAUGGUGUUCGAUUACUCGGAAUGUCUGGGUGACUUAAAUCAAUUUCUGCAGGAGCAUGUAGCCGAGACGACGCAUAGUCUACAAGCGGGUAUUAUGACAAAUAAGAGCUUAAGUUAUGGCAGCUUGGUGUACAUAGCCACGCAAAUUGCAUCGGGCAUGAAGCAUUUAGAGCAAAUGAAUUUCGUGCAUCGCGAUCUGGCAACAAG